AUGUUCAUAAAUGACACUGUUAAUAGAGAUGAGAUGGAACAUAAACUACUCAGUUUCACUGACAGUCGUGUUGAUUGGAAUUUGUCAGAUAUGUUAGCACAAGAUUGGAAUGGAUCUAUUAUGAACAUCAGGGUUUCAAGAAGUCUGCAAUCCUUAUUCUUGCCUUCGUUUUUGUGGAAACUUGACAAAAAGACCCACUGCUUUGUUCUGGAAGAAAACCUGAGCCACGGUCCGGCAGUCUACAGAAAUGUGUUGGUAAACCCGUUGUUGACAUGCAAACAAGUUAUUGUGAAGGACGGUGACUUUGGGGUGGGGUGGACAAACAUAGCAACGAAAUAUUCUUUCCUAGGUUUCAGUAUUUCUCCUCAUCACUUUGCCUCGGCCGACAAUGGUGGGGUACGGGUGUGCGCAAAAGAAAUACCAUUCUACACAAACAAAGGGACGGCAUCAAAAAACGACCUGUCACCGUUAUCAAUCCUAACCCUCGUUUGCAUCAUCAUUUCUUUAAUCUGCUUGAUCAUAACAUUUGUGACAUACUGUAUGUUCUCAAGUCUUAGAACCCUGCCUGGAAUGAAUAACAUGUGUCUGGUCGUUUCUCUGUUUUUAGCGCAGUUGCUCAUGAUAAUAAGACCCUCUUUCCGAUCAAAAUGGUUAUCCAUAGUUUCCGCAUUGUCGCAUUUUUCUUGGCUCUCCACGUUUCUUUGGCUUCAAGUCUGUUCCUUUCAUAUGUUUCGUGUCUUCAGUGCAAAAGGUCAAUCUGAAUUCAAUGGACUGCAAAGUAGAAAAAUUCUUGUUCAAUAUUCAGUUUACGCAUACGGCAUUUCUGCAGUUAUAGUUCUGACUAAUAUCGCCAUCACGUUGAUCGUCACGAUUGGAGAAAAUACGGGAUAUGAUAAAACAUCCGCUUUGAUGACGUAUUCAUUCGCAUUCAUUGCCACUCUAAUAGCCCCGUUAUCACUUGUUUGCGUGACAAAUAUCGUGUUUUACAUUUUCACUGCGUAUAAAAUAUAUUCUACCCCAAAAAUAGAGUCGACAACCGGAAGUAAGGUUCAUUUUGGUGUGUAUAUGAAGUUGUUUACCUUGACGGGGCUUUCUUGGAUUCUACAGAUAAUAGAUACAUUUCUGGAGAUGUCUAUUUUCUCGUAUCUUGUUGCUAUCCUCAACGGCUUACAGGGUUUGUUUCUAAUGAUCAGUUAUGUAUGUAAUGGGCGAGUUUGGAGGAUGUAUCUUAAAGCGUGCUUCAAGACGCCCUCCGAUUGGAAUAUCCCAAACGUGAGUUCGAAAACAAACACGACGAACAUAUAA